AUGGAAACACCGCGUCUCUCCUUGUGAUCUGUACCCUCUAUAAAGCCUUGCCUUUGUCUUCCGAGGAACCAUCAUAACAUAUAGGUUAGCAUGGAAGAAGGCGAUUGCAAUACUAGCCUUUCCCUCGCGAUAGGUGGUGGCAGACAGUUCACGCCAAGUACAAGUCUUCAUGUCCUAUUCCCGCAUCAUCCGAAACAAGAAGAAGAAGAAGAAGAAGAUACGCACCGACAUGUAGGCAGCGUAUCGAGAUGGAAGGAGCUCGAUGAGGAGGAGGAGGAGGAGGAUGGUGUCAGCGGUAAGGAUGACAGCAGCAACCUGAGCGACGACAAACCAGUCGGCACAAGAAAGAAGCUGAAGCUCACGAUCGAACAAGUGAGGUUGCUCGAAGAUAGCUUCAGACACCGCAGCACCCUUAAUACGACGCAGAAGCAAGAUUUGGCGCACCGGCUAAAUAUACGGCCACGACAAGUGGAAGUCUGGUUCCAGAAUAGAAGAGCCAGGACGAAGUUAAAGCGGAUCGAGCUGGAUUACGAGUGCCUCAGGAUGCACUGCGACAGACUGAUUGACGAGAACCGGAGGCUAAAGAAGGAGCUGCAGGAGCUGCGGUCUGCGACUCCGGCGUCGCCGUUCUACGUGCAACUUCUCGAGGCAGCAACGCUGAUCAUGUGCCCCGCCUGUGAGAGGAUCGCGGCCGCCGGAAAGAGAAAGAGCAGUGCCUUGGAGGACGGCAUGAAGAGGCCGCCGCAGCUGGUGCCUGUAAAUACUGCCCUACUCCGUCUGCAAAACUAGCUUAUUGUGGUGUGAAUUAGAAGAUGGAUGUUGAAGUAGGGUUGCAUCAGAAAGCAAAAUCCAUGUACUUUGGAAUUCAUCUGUUUGAUCCAACUUUUGUACACAUAUUUUGUUCCCAGUCGAUUGGGAAUUUAGAUUUGAU